AUGGUCGCUCCCACCCCGACCCGUGGUCGCGGUGGUCGAGGUAGUCGCGGUGGCCGCGCUAGAGGAGGCCGAUGGGCAAAUCACUGGGCUACCAGAACUGCCCCGGCGCGUGCAGCGCGCGCAUCGUCGCCAGUAAAUGACAUUGACGAUGAACAUAAUCUGGACAGCGAUAGCGAGUUGGAAGAGCCUCCUCGUUCGCGCAUCGUCACUCUAAAGGUACCCCCGCAUCUCUUACGGUCUACCAUACAUGGCCCUGGUUCUGGUCCUGGUCAUGGCAACCAAAAUCAAGAGGAUCACCACCUCGAGCCAUCCACCGCGCAAUCGAGUACUCCUACCGGUUCGCAAUCGCAAAACCCGGAGACUCCCUUGCGGCGGCGCUCCAAACGCGCACUCGCUGUCCCCGAAUCAUCUCGGACAACGAGACAAUCAGCGCGCCAAUCAGGUCCAGGUCGCCAACCAUCGCGACUCAAGCCCGGCGAGUCCUCAUAUGAGCACGAAACGCCCAGUAAAGCAGGCGAAUCAGAGCCCAGCGAGCACGAGGACGAAGAUGAUUUUGGUGACGACGCCUCGCCUCAAAAGGAGGAGUAUGAUGAGGACUUUAAGCCGCAGCAACGUAUCAAACUUCAACUCUCUACCUCUACGGCGGAAAAUCUGCAUGAUCCUGCAUCUACCCGGCCAUCGCCGGCAAUCGCGGAGCGGGAAACACGCCUCGCGACGACAAAACUACAAGAUCACGAAUUGAAUCUGCGUCCCGACUCGGCAUAUUCAGCGUCCGCACCGACUUACUCGCAAGAAGCCGAUAGCCCCAUGCAGCAGUCGCAGUUGCAGCAGCAGUCACAGUCGCAGCCCCAAUCACGCGGAAUGUCAUCGCCCCGGCCCUCGCGCAAGCGCACAUCAACCGAGACGAAAGAUGAAAGCGCAGACGUCGAGUCCCGCGCCGUCUCGGAACCUGCAACCAAGAAACCGAAACUGGAAGAUGACGAGAAGCCAGCCGACGCUCUGGCAAAUGGAACAGAGCUCGAUUCUCAGCACGCUAACUCUUCACCCGACGAAACCGCGGACCAAGAUCCAGCCCCCGUCCAAGCUGCGCCCAUCCGUGGGGGCCGCGGGGGCCGUGGCGGCCGUGGAAGUCGCGGUGGUUAUCGGGGCCGGGGCCGAGGUCGGGGUCGAGGACGCGGUAGUCGCGGCGGCGCAAUAGGACCCAUUCGAUCGUCGACCGUUGUACGAGCUCGUGGGCGCGGACGCGGUCGUGCGCGUGCAUCUGCCGCAGCGAAGGGCCGCGGUGGUAAGCGAAUCGAGGACGAGAUUUGGGAUAGCGAGAGUCGGCGACGUUCGCCGUCGCCAAUCCCCGCGACGAAACCUAUUAAAGAUCGACAGGAGGAACUGGCGCUCCUCUUUAAGAAAGUGGGACAGGCGCAACAGGUUGCUCUCAGUGUUUUGGCUGAUCAUUCCAUGGCCAAGAUUGCCAGGGAGAAAAUGGCUCAUAAGGAGUGUCCGGAGUUUGAGCAGGUGCAGCGGGAUUUGGCUGAGUAUGAGCGUAAGGCUUUGACGAGGUUUCGCGAUGAUUAUGAUUUCAAGGUUGAGGCGGAGAAUAAGGUUUAUGCUGGGGAGAUUCAUCUCAUUGAGACGAGGGCGAAUAAACAACUCGAGAAUAUCCAGGAUGAAAUGUUCCUUGCGGCUCGAGGCAAAUAUAUGGAAUUGGUCUUGGGCCGCCGAGCCGCAGAGGAUGAUGAACAUACAGAGACUGACGGAUCUGACCCUGACGCCGAGGAACCACACUACCUCUUCCGAAUUGGAAAGGCCGGCACCCGCGAAGUCGAGCGCGGCUUCUUCGCCGACGCCGUCCGAGAACCAGACGGUGCAGCCGCCUACGACCGCGGCCGACGAACAUGGGACGACUUCGUGCAAAAGGUCCGACUAGGCGAAGACUUGAAUCCGCAGAUGCAAGCCCUCGACUCGAUCACGGACCCAACAGUCCAAGACCACGUCACGCGAACACUGACAAACCUCCUCCAAGCGGCGCAAGUUGUUGCAGAGGGAGGAGGCCUCGACGGUGUCGUUGACUGGCCAACGCCCCAGGCCUUGUCUAUGCUAGCGGACACCGCGCUCUCGGAGCCAAUGCCACCACACCUGCCCCGAAUGGAUCCAAACAUGUCCCCGGCUAGCCGACAUCUCAUCCCAACAUCUGGCGUCCCACCACCUCCAACUCUGGGUCACGGCCAUAGCCACGGUCCUGGUCCUGGGCAAGGGCAGGGUCACCCUCACGGCCACCCCCAUAGCCAUGCCCACGGACCGACAGAUCCACGCUCCUUCAUCCUCCCCCGUCCAACACCAACACAACAACCGCGCCGUAUCCUCCCCGCACGAGGUCAAUUGGGUCUACCAGAUCCAUUCUCAAUGAACGGCCCUCCUCAACUCCCACCCCCACCAGGUUCGAACUUCCAGCGUUUACCCCCGCUCCCGAAUUACUUUCCCGGUCCUCCAGGACCAGGACAUCCGGGGUCCGGACCUGCGCCGGGAUCAGCUCCAGGACCCGGGGGACCGGGGGGACCGGGGCAGGGACCAGGACCAGGACCAGGACCAGGAAUGUAUUUCCCUCGCCCCAUCAUUCUCCGCAUGGACCACCGCCGCCGCAGCCACGUCGCUACUGAGGGAAGUGUAGUGUGA